GAAUGAAAAUACAAACUCUCCGACCCGAAAUAGAGUUUACUGAAGGUGUGUGGUGUCGUUCCUCCGAGUAUAAACUAUUGUGCAUCUUAAAUGUUUAAGUAGUUUCGAAGAGUGAAUCGAUGAUGGCAUGAAAUGUAUAAUAUCGGUUCUGUGUUCUGUUGAGUAAAAAAAGAAAUGUUGCUGCAAAUGUUUUAAUAAAUGAUCAAUGACGAAAAAGGUGUCUCGUGCGGGAAUAUUAUCGUCAAAUAUUAGAUUUCGAAUUCAUUUGUUUGUCAUAAAGGUGAAUUAAUUAAAUGCGACAGCUAUUCCACAGAUUUUCUGCAGCAAUGAAUAUCCACAUCGUACUUCUCAUUGGUUUAACUAUUGGACUAUCUACAGCGUCACAAAGUUGCGGUCCCAAAUUCAGUUCAAAAUGCACAUGCGGAAAGAUGGAGUACGAUAACAAGCCACAAUUCGUCGUGAAUUGCACGAAUACCGGAUUUACAAACACCAGCUAUCUCGAGUACAUGCCACCCAACACGGAAGUGCUGAUAUUCACCGGCAAUUUUAUACCUGAAUUGCCGUGGAAUGUAUUCGGCUCGAUAAACAAUUAUUCGAAUUUAAAUGUGGUGGACAUGAGCAAUAAUCGAAUUCAAAAUAUUCGAGGAAAAAGCUACCAUCAUGUGCCGAACGUGCAACGGCUAAUUUUGAAUCACAAUAAUUUGAGCAUUUCGCGCGAAGACGGUGAAUUUAAUCAUCAUCACGCGCGCGUCUUUUCCAAUUUUAUCAAUCUGAAGGAAUUGCACUUGACGAACGCUUUCUCGGAAAAUACGUCGGAGCAGCUGAGCGAAGAUUUGCACGACAUUUUCGUCAACAGUAAUCUGAGCAAAAUCACCAAACUGCACCUGGAACAGAACGAAAUCGUUAAGUUCAAGGAUCGAAAUGUUUUCUGCGAUUUGCCCAGCCUGAAAGACCUGCAUCUCGGUGACAACUAUCUGAGAGAGAUCAAUUUCAAUUUGUUGUGUUUGAAGCAUUUACGGUUCUUGGACUUGGAGCGGAACAAGUUUAAGUAUGUGAAAAUUAAGGACAUGAGCCUGAUGAACACAUUACAAAAUUCAUUGGGUCGUACGACCAAUUUGACGGUAGACUUUACAUACAAUACAUUCGUGUGUGACUGUAACUUAAGUGCUUUCGCUGAUUGGAUUCGCGGCACCAAUGUGACGGUGAGACGAAAAGAAAAUCUGGUCUGUGAACACAGUGAUAGAACUGCGGAACUGGUGCUGCUGUUGACCAUUAAAAAGUGCAAAAUCAAUUCGCUCAAUGUGCAUUCGACACCACUUCAUCAGGCGGCAUUGAUAUUUUUUACGUCGAUGUUCAUUGUGCUGUUGGUUCUGAUUGUGGGCAGUUUGAUCUACAAAAAUCGGGACCGAAUCAAGCGCAUUGUGAAUCCCGUUUUGGACACUGUGUCGAAAAAGGUUCAGUACACAACAAUCAAAGAUGAAGAGUGCCAAGAAAUUCAUGUUUAAGUUUAGAUUUUAAGAUACAAAUAGACGUUUGAUGGUAGAGAAGUGAUAUUAUGGACAGGGGGUGUUUUGAACACCAUCUGAUAGGAUUAGCAGAAGAAUUUAAAAUAUUUGCAUGUUCAUCGAAAGGCCAUCGCAUUUUAAACAAAGUGUAAUGAUUCCAUUCAAAAUAUUGAAAAUCAAGCACUAGAACCGAUAUUUUAACGGCCGCUCACUCAGUGUGGAAAGUCGUAACGCAGUCGCAUAAUAGAUCAUUUUCAUUAUCCGGUACUUGUCAACGUAACCCCACUUAACUUUUCGUCAAAUAGUCCUUAACCUCAA